UUCUUCUUCUUUUGAUUCAUGUGUUUUUGUAAUGACUUAUUCUUUCUUCGUUUUUACUAUUGCCAACUCUUGCAGUCGUGUACUGAUUUUCAACCCCCUUUUGCUGUUGGGGUUCAUCACUCUGUUCUUGUUCUAAAAGUAUCAUGUUUUAUUUAACUUAUCAAAAAAUAUUUUUGCUAAUAAAAAAAAAAGAUCAAACUUUUGUGUAUGGUCUCGUUCUCCUUUGUUUCUUUCCCCACCCUUUGCGUCAUAAUAUAUGCUUUAUUUUGUGUGAGGAAACAUCUUUACAGAAAGUGUUAGUGUCCUACUAGUUCUUUGUUUUAUGUUGAUGACACUAGAAUGAAGUUAUGUAUUUAUUUGUUUAUUUUUUCAUUCCCUUUUCCACAUUUUUAAGGGCCCUGGUAAUCAGUUGGUCGAUAGCUCCUUUGAGUGUCUUUUUGAUCGUUUGAUAGCUAUAUUGAACUAUAUUGUACGAGUUGAGAUUCUGAGAAAAAUUGAAUCUUGAUUUAUAAAAAGGUGAAAGCUUUUGUAUUUAAACUCACUAGUAAAAAAAAAGAAGAAAAAUCUGCAAAGCAGAAGAAACAAAGAUUAAGAGGAUGAUGCUUCAUCAGAUAUAUAAAUUUUUGGUUUGACUAGUGUAUUUUGGUGCUUUAUCGCUGCAGCUAUCACCAACUACCCUUGUGAUUCUAUAAUUUAAAUGGCCAUGCACAAGUGGAGGGAUUUUAUGCCUCAUUUAGUAUCUGGAAUGCUGCCUAUGUUAGAUUUGCAAAGCAUAACCUGUCCAGAGGGAGGGAGGGAGUUGUCUUAGGUUGAUGGCCAACAUAAAAGUAGUCUAAUAAUGAUAAAACCUCUAACCAUUGAAUAAUAAACUUGAAGAAUUAUAGAGAAUGUGUCUAGUAAAUUCCGACUAGUUGAGGGGCAGUUGACUGAUUGUUCUUUAAUGUCUAUGGUAAAAAUAGGAAUGGGAUUUGAGUGUUUCAAAUACUCCGCCGUGGGGCUUCCGUCUAUGGAGAAUUCGAUGUUUGAACUUGUUCAGAAAAACCUAUAUUGGCCAUUAUCUGGAGAGGGGAAAAAAAGGGAAGAAAAGAAGUGUAAUGUCUCUUUUUUAGCUUUUACUUAAGAGGCUUAAUUGACAGUUGUUGAUCCAGGGUUCUGCCUGAGGACGUGGACCUCACUGGCCGUGUUUCUGUCUUCUAAUUUCUUUUCCUUCUUCAAUUUCUACAUUCAGAGCUUUCUUUUAUUGCUUUCAUCUUCUUUGUCACUCUUUGUCGUUUGUUCAGGUUUUCUCCUACCAUUUUUUCUGUUAACUAUGCAAUUCUGUUUUCGUUAUGGUUUCUGGAUGCAAUUCCUACUUUUCCUUUUAUUUAUUUUUCUUCUUCACCCCUAGUUUCAUGUUGACUUUGCUUUUGGUUUUCAGCGGAGCUAGUAAAAGAAAUGUUAUGUGCAAUUUAAUUUUCUGAUUGUUAUUGUUGCUAAAUCUUCGUUGUGGGAACAUUUGGGUGCUAAGUUUUGAUUUUGAAUCCUAGGAUGUUCUAGAAAUGAUAGAUAUUUCUUAUAUUCGCUGGAUUAUUCCAGUGCUGAUCAUUGAAUGGUUACAUGUACCUUUUUUGCAUUUCUUCUUUUCAAUCCCUCACCCCAAAAAAAAAAAAAUAGGUAUUUUGAUUUUAAAUUAAAACAGAGAGGCUAAACCUCUGUAUGUGAAUGAUAGGUAAUACCGGCUUGUUGGGAUUAAGGAAUAGUGUUGUUUCAUCUAGAUUAGUUUGGGUUUUCAUGAAAGCUUUUUCAGUCUGGUAAAAGACUUGUAUGUCAGUGAAUAGAUAAAUAUUCGAUUAAAACAACAUCUACUUCUAGAUAUUCUCAAUGUAUUAAAAGACCAAUUAAGUAUGGAAUUAGAUUGGGCCCGAAUAGAGCAGAAUGUUUACAACCUAAAGGAUAAUCAUAUAGUCAAUCAGCAAAUUUUGAAAUUGAGGCUUAGUUAAUUGAUUGGUUGAUGUGGUUUAAAGGUGAAAAUUGUCUGAAAGUUCUUUCCUCAUGUGGUUAAGCUCCUCUUUGUUUCAUUGAUCUAAUGCUUUCCCCUUCUGUUGAAGGAAAGGUUCAGUUCGUGUGAUUGAUGGAUAUGCCUUUCAAGAAAAUUGUUCGCGAGCUGAGGGAGGUGAAAGAUGGGAUCGGGGAUAUACUAAGGAAGGGAGCAGAAAGAAAUCAUUGGAGCAACAGAAUCCGGUCAGAUAUUGUCCCAUAUGUGGCCCUUUCUGAUCCCACUGAACAAGGGCAGUGGGCAAAUUUACCACCAAAAGUGCUUUUGGAUAUCAUCCGCAGGGUUGAAGAGAGUGAGACAUCGUGGCCUGCUCGUUCUGUCAUUGUCUUUUGCGCAUCUGUUUGCAGAUCAUGGAGGAAAACUACAAAGGAGAUUGUUAAGACUCCUGAGGAAUGUGGUAGGCUUACCUUUCCCAUUUCACUGAAGCAGCCGGCUCCGUGUGAAUCCCCAAUCCAGUGCUUUAUCAAACGGGACAAAGCUAAUUCAGUAUAUCGCCUCUACUUUGGUUUGACUCCAUCUGAGAAUGAGAGGGAUAAACUAUUGUUGGCCGCCAAAAAGAUCAGAAGGGCAACAAGCACAGACUUCGUGAUAUCGUUGGCUGCAGAUGAUUUUUCUCAAGCUAGCAAUACAUAUGUUGGGAAACUGAGGUCUAACUUUGUUGGAACCAAGUUUACCAUAUAUGAUAGCCAACCUUCAAGCGAAACCGCCAUUGAACAUGGUCGACUUUGUCAAAGCUUUCAAGCAAAGAAAGUAUCUCCAGGAGUACCUGCAUGCAACUACAGAGUAGCUACCAUUUCCUAUGAGCUCAAUAUUGUUCGUCGUCCAAAAGGACCUAGGAGAAUUCAUUGCACAAUGCAUUCUAUCCCUUUCUCUUCAAUCCAGGAGGGAGGCAGUGCUCCAACACCUACAUUAUUCCCUCAAUCUUUUGAUGAGAAGUCAUUAUCUGCACCUCUCUCAAAAACAAAGGAGCUAGCUAUAGAUAUCAGCUCGUCUGGCUCUUCUCAAGAGCCGCUUAUGCUAAAAAACAAGACUCCUUGGUGGAAUGAAAAAAUGCACAGCUGGUGCUUAAAUUUUAAAGGCCGUGUUACGGUGGCUUCUGUGAAAAAUUUUCAGCUACUGGCAGCAGGUGAUCCUUCUCACAAUAUACCUGUCGCAGAACAAGACAAAGUAAUACUACAGUUUGGCAGAAUUGGAAAGGACAGCUUCACGAUGGACUACCGCUAUCCACUUUCUGCUUUCCAAGCUUUUGCAAUCUGCUUGACCAGCUUUGACUCGAAACCAGCCUGUGAAUGAUUUCAUGCAGAUUUUAAACAUGAUAAACUUUCUUCUUUUUCAUUGCUUCGUAAUGUUCUAAAUUCAUGUUUCAUUCUCUAAGAAAAGUUCUCAAUGAUAUGCACGGCCCUUUAUAUAAAUGAGAAUUUUAGUUGCGUCGUGUGUAGGGUGGGCAUAGUUUAGGCAAAUCCAAAUGUUUGGAUUUUGGAAUGAAUUUUUAGAUUAUGGAUUGGAUUUCAGA